AACCGUCCCAUGUUGCAUUGCUGAUUUGAUUGCCACGUAAAUUUUGCCGGGAGAAGAUUUCCAUCCGCUGCGGCAUCUUAACGAAAAGACAUCUUUCUUUUACAAGGAAAUGUGUUGAAUUGACGAAUAUUCAGCUGAUCUGUAACGAAAUUCUAAUAAAAUUAAAUUCGAAUCAUAAAGGAUGGGAGGUGCAAACAGUGUGGAAGUCCCAGGAGGAGGCACAGAAGGCUACCAUGUCUUGAGGGUACAAGAGAAUUCCCCCGGGCACAAAGCCGGAUUAGAAGCUUUCUUCGAUUUUGUCAUCGCUAUUGGAAACACAAGAUUGGACAAGGAUGAUGACACGUUGAAGCGUCUCCUGCAGGAAUACGAGGAGAAGCCUGUUAAGAUGUUGGUGUAUAGCAGCAAGGCAUUGAGUGUCAGGGAAGUCACGCUCACGCCAAACAAGAGAUGGGGUGGCCAGGGUCUUCUCGGCGUGAGCAUCAGAUUCUGCUCCUUUGAAGGUGCCAAUGAGAAUGUGUGGCAUGUGUUGGAUGUGCAACCCAAUUCCCCUGCAUCGAUAGCAGGAUUCAGAGCAAAUACAGACUACAUCAUCGGAGCCGAUUCGGUGCUUUUAGAAUCGGAAGACUUGUUCUCCUUGAUCGAGUCACACGAGGGCAGGCCACUGAAAUUGUACAUGUAUAAUGUCGAGACGGAUGGAUGUAGAGAGGUCACCAUCACACCUAAUAGGAAUUGGGGAGGAGAAGGAAGCAUGGGUUGUGGUAUUGGCUAUGGAUAUCUUCACCGGAUACCCACACGGUCGUUCCCUGAAGGUCAGAGUAUCGAUAUCAGUGCACACUUAAAAGCUUCAGUUGCAGCAGCAGCCGCAGGAGAUCAAUCUACUGCACCCCCACCUGAUGGAUUUUCAGAGGUUUCGCUCGCCUCCACUCCUUCUAAUUCAGUGGCUGGUCUCCAGACUAGCAUGGCAGACCUUGCUCUUACACCAGGAGCCACGCCCACCGCCCCUGGUGCGACACCCGCCGGGGUCACAGCAGCAGCAGCCUCACCGCUUGCCCAGCCCAAUCUGAAUGCCACCACGCCCUCUCCGGCAAUGCUUGGGGGAGGGACCACGGUUCCCCUGAUGACGGGGACGUCGUCCUUGUACCAGAGUCCCGUGGGAGGAGCGGUUCCUCCCCUCAACCUGGAUGUGACCCCGGGAGCGUCUCCGUCUGGUGCUUCCGUUCCGCCGGCACUUUCAGGACCAAUUUCUGGUAUGCUACCACCAGUCAGUCUAGCCAACGUGCCGGGACUUCCCAACAUCAAUGUCUCGUUACCGUCGGUCAAUCUGUCCAACUACCCUGCACUCAACACCUCAACAUCAUCACCUCUCAACCCUGCCCCGAUAGCCCCCAUCUCUCUCGGGGCAUCGCCCGCCCCCGUCUCUCUUGGUGCAUCGCCCGCCCCCGUCUCGCUCGGAGCAUCGCCCGCCCCCGUCUCGCUCGGAGCAUCGUCGCCUGCGGUCUCGAACCUGCCCCCUCCUCCAGCCGUCAGUCUGCCCGGAGGAAUCUCAAUACCAGGGCCGACGCCCCUACCUACCUUACCGGCCGGAAUCGGCGCGUCACCGCUGCCGGCCUCCUCCGCACCGUCUUCGUAAGAAACAGACUCUCAUCAUAGACAUUGCAAUGAAAUAACCUAAUUGAGACUGUGUUAGUGUCCAUGCUGUACGCAACAUAGGAGAGGAAAGGUAUAUCCGAAGCAAUCAUCAUACAGCACAUUCAUGUAUGUACUGUCAUUUUGCUUGAAAAAAAAAAUCUUGACAGUUGAAGAUUAGAUUAUCCUGAUUGGUAAAUGAUACAUGGUUCCAUUCCUUCAAUAAUCAGUGUUGGUUUACUCUCAGAGGGCAGACAUUAACAAGGAAUGAAUUCCCCCAUUGUGGUGAGAAAUUUCUUCAAAUAUUUAUAAAAUGGGAUUUAUUUUGAUAUCCUUUGGUCUAAACCUGAAUGAACAGUGUAGAAAAUAGUUGUAUGAGGAAUAGGAAUGACUAUAUGAAUAUUCAUGGUAAAGUAUUGAAUAAUUAAGAUAUUUUAAAUAUUCAUGCUGCAAGCAUGUCACUAUUGGGAUGUCCAAUAUAGCUUUGGUUGAUAUGCCCUCACAGAUAUUGUCAAAUACCUCCGUAUUGCAAGAGAAUUUUGGCACUUUUUUCACAUUAUUUUCUGUAACACAAUUUUGGUUGGUUUUUUGUAUACUAACUUGCCAUGGCUGUUAUUGUAUCUGAUUUUCAAAGUAAUCAUUUUCCGUGGACCGAAAAUUUUGAUUACCGGCAGUGGGGAAAUAAAAAGUGUCACAAUAAAUCUCAUUUGUUUUUGAGAUAUUUCAAUAUUGUGAAUAUUCAAAGAUCAAAAGGCUUAGUCCUUAAAUUCGAUGGAUUUGUGAUUGAGCAUAUCGACAGGCAAUGUUCAGCAUGUAAUCUUUGUGGAUAAUGAUUUAACGAAGAACUUUAUCUUGGGAUAAACAAUAUUUUGUUGUCCUUCACUGAUUACAUUCCUUGGCAUAAACCUCCAUAAAAAGAGGUAAAUAUCAAAAGAUUCAUGAAAUAUUAUCUCAUUUUGGAUAAUCCAUGAUUUUAACAUGUAUAUGUGUUGUUUAUUCAAAAGUCGCAAUCGUUUUCCUCUGAGUUUGAAAUAUUUUGCCCUUAUUUUGUAUGCAAGUGCAAGUAAAAAUGAAUAAAGUAUGUAUUGUGGGCACGUCGUGGUCUAGUGGUUCUGACUCUCACCUUUCAAACAGAGGGUCAUGGGUUCGAAUCCUAGCCAUGGCGUGUUUUCCUUCAGCAAGCAAUUUAUCCACAUUGUGCUGCACUCGACCCAGGUGAGGUGAAUGGGUACCCGGCAGGAUUAAUUCCUUGAAUGCACCAAGCGCCUUUAGCAGCUGGAGCUGAAGCCGGGCUAAUAUAUAGUGCGCCAUUGAAUAGGCAACUAGAUAAAUCGGCGCCUCAUAAAUGCUAUAUAACCAUAGUUUUUAAACAAAUCCUCAAAAUUGGUGAUAAAUUAGGAUGUGAUUUAAAAAAUACAGAAUAAAAACCAAAGAAUAUAAUUUCUCAAUUUCUAAUGGAUAUGAAUGCUGUAAUAUGAAGUUAUAAUUGUCAAAAGUUGCCAAGCUAUUUAAGAAAGUAGAAUUGAGUAAAAAUGAAUGAAGAAUAGAGGGAUGGAUGUGAGAAGAAAGGAGAAUUGAUGAGAAAAUAAAAUGAACUAUCGAGGAAUGUGAUUAUUUUGAAUUGAAUUCUAGCACAAUGAGAUCAAUCCCUGAUAUUGUUAGGGAAUGAAUAUAUCACCAGCAUGAUUUAUAUUUUCUUAAUGCUCUUAUAGUGCAUGUUAGGUAGGAAAUUUUCCAUUUAAAAUGGCUGAUGUGUAAAGUUUAUUGAUUUAUAUGAAUACGUUGUAGCGUUGAAAAAUUAUUAUCUGUAGAUUAUUCUCCUUUGUCUUCUUAUUUAAUUUUCUUUGUACAAAAUCAUAACUUUAUUCCUGUUAUUAUGAGUAAAUAUGCAUGACUUGAGAGAUCUUUGUUUAUUUCCAAUGCAGGGAUGACAGUUCAGAUAAGACAGCAUUCUGAGCUAUGUAGUGUAUUGAAUAGGAAAUAAACAGUAAGUCCUCUGGUUGCUUAUUAAAGGGGAAGUUCAUCCUAAAGAAGAGUUGGUUGUGAAACUACCACAAGAAAUAAUUUUUAAAGAAUGGUGUGAGUCUGAGGAAAGUCCAUCUAAAAAAAAAGAGAGUUAUGAAAUUUUGAAGCUUUACAUUUGUGACAUCAUAUGGAAGUAGCCUCCCCAUGUAUCAUGUCAAGUAAAUUCCACAAAUUCAUCUUAUGAAUGGAAAAUGAGGAAUAUUUUUUAUUGGAUGGGUAUAAAAUGAUGUACAUGUAUUGAAAGAUAUAUUCACUAAAAUCUCCAAUUUUUUGAGAAAAUGGCAUUUUGGGGAAUUUAUAUCAUAACAUUUGGAGGAGCUGCUCGUCUGUGAUGUCACAAAAUCAGAACUUAAAAAAAAAAUCACAACUCUGUUAUUCUUUGAGGAAUUUUCAUGAAACAUUCACAAAUGUUUUUUAAUUUUAUUUCUGCUAUCAAAACCAACUUAAUGUGAACUUCCCCUUUCAAACCGUUUUCAAACCUCUUUUAUAAAGGAACCUGGAUGCUUAUUGAGCUCUUUAUGGGAAAGAGACAUUAAAGUAGUUGUUAACUGGCAAUGCGCAGAGACAUAUUUCCAAUUCCAUAUUUUCUAUUUUUAUGAAAUAUGUGUUUCACAAGGUUAAACUCCUUUCAUGGGUGUAGUUUGAUAAUAAUCUUUAAUCUCUAAUCUUUACAGGUAUUAUUAUUUUUUUCUGUUCCUAAUCAUUUAUGUAAAGUGCUCUGAAAUGUUAUUUUGUAAAAGCACAAUAUAAAUGAACAUAUUAAUAUUUAUAAAUUAUUCAUUUUAAAUGAAUUAAAUUAACCAUUGUAUGAAUAAUUUUGACUUAACUUUGCAAUGUGGAAUGAUUUUUCUUGUGCUACAGUGAGUCUUAACAAAUCCAAACCAACAGAUGAUAUGCCAUUGGAAAAAAUAUUAGCUCUGAUGGGACUGGGGUCGGUUUCGUUGGUGUGACUUCAGCAUUUCACUGCUUUUCUGUUUCACAUAUAUAUAUCUCCCUAAAAAGUUACUUGCAGUGAGGUAUCAAUUGGUGGGUUUUCAGAACUAAAAAAAAAAAACCAACCAACCAACCAAAUAAACAAAAUUGGCAUAAUUCAACCAAGUUUGAUUCUUAGACCAAAUUUUCCAUGACUGAAAUUUUUGAACUAUUAAUUUCAAAUCCCUAUUCAUAUCACCCGCUAAUGAGAUUUAUCACGGCUCUCAGGGAAAUAAGCGAUUCUUCUGUCUAUUUCAAGAAAUCUGUACAACCGUAUUUUAAACCCGUGGGGGACCGAAUGAUUUUGCAAUUACACAUGUUUUCCAUAGAUUCAAGUCUGCAUAUAUGCAUGCUCUGUCUCCAUGCACACAAAUUUCAUUCUGCGUAGCCCUUUUUCUCUAUUUGAAAAUUAGUUCACUUUCGUACAUUGGUGCAAUGGCAAUGUUUGCAUUUCUGUAAAGGUAUGCAACGCCAAGAAAGGCUCCAUUCUUAUGAUUAAACAACAAGAAUUCUUUGUUUAAUUUAUGUUUUGAACUCUAAAUUGCAUUUGCUAUUUUAUAUAUUGUCGAAGGAAUAUUUCAUUUUGCUUAAAGUUUACCAAUUGUUAUAAAUACGGUGAACUGAAUGAAGUUGAUAGACUUUGAUUUGUUCAUUGUUUGUUGUAAAUGUUCUUUGGUUGCCCAUAUUUUAGCUGUCCCAGGUGGCUUACAAUUGUUCCAUGUCGAAGUAAAACAUGGUAUGAUGCUUAACCCAUUAUAGUUUCUAUACUUAUUGAGGAUUUGUGCCCCAUAUCCCAAUUUAUUUUCAGACAAAUAUUAUUUGUAAAAAGGGGAAAAUAUGAUGUAAUUCAAUUGGGUAUUGAUAAAUUGGUAAAAGUUUACAUUUAGAUAAUAAACAUGGAUAUGAUCCGAGUGGUCAAAGGGUUACAAUCCAUUACAUGUACAUGUAUGAUGUUUCAUACAAAGCUGUGGAGUAUUAAUAUAGAUCUGUAGUUGCAUUCAUAAAAUAUUUUUGUAAAAUCCAUUUAUAUGGCAUAUAUCUUUAUUUGUUCAUGUCAUUUUAGAAAUGAUAAUUCCUCAAAGGAUUGUGUUUGUGAAGAGAAUUUAAUCGAUAUUCACUUCCGAACCUAUUUUUUUUCACAGAGUCAUAUUGGUGUUAGAUUGGAGAGUGACUUGAAUUUGCAUACAGUGAACAUUAUUGGUGAAUACCAUUUACCACAAGAAAGGUUCACCAGUCGUUCUUAACUUACGAACAGCUUUAUGAAACACUCACCAGGGCUCUGUCACACAAAGAGUUGCGAUCGAUCAGAUCAACAACUACGAUGGAAGGCCAGCAACGCCAGCAUCCACAAUGCCUGUACCUUCAAAAUAUUUUCUGAUAUGAUUCUUAAUCAUACAUUCAUUGUUGAAAAUUGGAUGUGUCUCUCUUUGUUUACAAUAACGACAUUGUGCAAAUUUCCUGUGGCAAAAAUCGUGACGAUAAUGGAUUUCCAUAUACACCUGUAGUUGAGGUAAUUCUUUGUAAGAUGGGGCCUAGAAAUGUGUCAGCACCAAUGACAAUAGUAACACACAACAAAUUAUUGAUUACUUUCUACGAGGCUUUGGAGUCUUCAUUAAUGUUUCUUUAAUAAUUCAAGCAUUCUCAUCAUUAAUGUUUUGUUUUUGUUUUGUGAUGUUUUGUAGCGCAAUUUACUUUCAAAGUAUUCAUGAACCGAUCGAAAAUGAUUGAAUUGUAAAUAAAAGCUAUCAUGUAGAGACCUUG